AUGGCGAUGAUGAUGACUGGCCGUGUGCUGCUGGUGUGUGCCCUCUGCGUGCUGUGGUGCAGUGCCGGCAGUAGAUGUGAUGAAGGGGAGGCGGCAGGUCGUGUGAGUGGUGCUGAACUUCUACCAGGUUCAAAACCACUUGUAACGCCUCGAGUAGGCUCCCAAGGCUUACAAAAUGGAGUAACAGUUGUUAAAGAAGAAGUAUCACCAAUAUCUUCCCUUCCUCAAGAUGGGAAUGCAGGUGGUGAUGAAGGAGGUGAAGGAGAUGACGGUGGUGAUGAUGAAGAUAAAGAGACGGAGGCUGAAGAAGAAAGUAUAGAAGGGCGGGGUGGUAAAGGAGGAACAGUUGCAAUAGGCUCAGAUUCCAGGGAAGAGAAUUUAAUUGGCAGUGAGAAUGAAAAGAACCAGUCAAUUGCAUCUGCAGGAGGCAUUUUACCUUCCGGCAGUCAGGAAUCAAAUGCCAAUCCUACGCAACCGGAAGUUGAAGAAAAGAAGGAGCCCGACAAAAAUCCACCCGUAGAGAACACACUCACACCAGGUAACGGAGAGAACACACUGCUUGAGGGCAUUGCGGGUGGAAUUCCUCCAUCACCUCCAGAAGACGGUGUUGAUUCCCGCGAAAAGGAUGGCGAAGACACUACAAGUGAAGGUAAAAAAAAUGUUUCGCCGCCUGCGACCGCAGCCACACCACAUGGACACCGAGAAAAAGGCUCAGAAGGGACUGGAGAAGAUACAAAAGCAACGACAGUAACCGCCAACACAACUGAUACGACGAGCACACAAAACAGUGACGGCAGCACCGCUGUCUCCCACACCACCUCCCCUCUUUUGCUUCUUCUUGUUGUUGCGUGUGCGGCUGCUGCUGCGGUGGUGGCCGCGUGA